AACUAAAUUCGUUAUGUUAUUACACAUGUAACCUCAACUAAAAGAAAUCCACAUCUAAAUGAAAAACAGAAGUUUUUCAGAAGCAACUCAACUUCCAGUUGGAUAUUUUAUUUUAUAAGCUUUGAGAAUUCAAUUGAAAAAAAAGAAAUAACAAAAUGGCAGUAGCAACAGAAGAUUCAGAUUCAAGACUAGAAUUUAUCUAUUCAUACAUAGAGCUAUCACUGAAAAUAAAACCAGACAAAUGGACCAAAAUGUUAAGUGUUGAGGACAACAAGCAGUUAAUAAUGGACUUUCUGGACAAAGCUGACAGGCAUACAUUAAUUUUUGCUGAUUCUGGCAGUGGACAGUUGACACCAUUAUCGGAUUUUCCAUCGAUUCUCAAAGCAAAGGCUGUCUACUUCAUUAAACAUGUUAAAGAAGCAGUACCAAAAGAAAACAUUCACAAAGCAUUAAUGUAUGGAGAUUUAUCAAGCUCACCACUAGAACAGCUACAAGCAGUAAUUGAUGAGGUUUUUGCACCCAUCUUAUGUAAUCCCCAGAACCACAGACGAUGGCCAAAAGUAGUAGCUGAUGAUAUCGUCCAACAUGUGCUUGAUUUUCAAAGCACUAUGUUUAGAAUAACAGGACAGAUUAAAGGGAAAACACUUCUUCCUUUACCACCAGGAACUGAACACUUAUAUAUGUAUGAUGUUGAAGAAUUAUCAAGUUCAAGCUUAUGUGAACCGAAAUUACGCCACUUGGUGCACACUAUUGAAACCAUGGUAAUCCAGUGGUGUCAUCAAGUUCAUGGAGUAUUAGAGCAUGAUUCUUCACAAGUAUUAGAAGAUGGACAAUAUUUAGGGCCUUAUUCUGAGAUUGAGUUUUGGGAUGGCCGAAAAGAGAACCUGCAAUGUAUAUAUGCUCAGUUGAAAGAACCAAAAGUUGUGAGAAUGGCCAAGAUUUUAGAGAAAGUGAACAGUUGUUAUCUGCCGUCCUUCAAGAACAUGUUUAGAGAUGUUGUGGCAGCUUUAGCAGAAGCACAAGACAUAACUCUUCACCUGGCUCCUCUGCAAAAACACUUUGAGUAUUUGGAACAAGCUGAUUUUCCAGAUCUUUACCCUCUCCUUCAUCCAUUGAUUCAUACGGUAUGUUUGGUGUGGAACCAUUCAAAAUACUACAGUUCUCCUUCAAAAAUAAUAGUGCUUAUCCAGAAGAUAUGCAAUCUGCUAAUUGACAUGUGUACCCACUACCUCGAUCCAAGUAAUAUAUUUAAGUCAGAGCUAGAGGAAAGCCUUGAGAAAGUGAAUACAUCUUUCAAAGUCUUGAAUCAUUUUCUACGCAUAUACCAAGAUUACCGGACAAAUAUGUCACAGUAUUUAACUAAUGUCAAAGUAAAUGCUUGGGCCUUUCCUGAUAGAAGAAUUUUUGAAAGAUUCAAUCUGUUCUUGGCCAGAUUAACUGUUAUCAAGGAGUUUUUUGAGACUUCUCAAGAAUUUUUCAAACUAGAAAAAAUCGAGAUGGGUGGUGUUCGAGGCCGUAUGUAUGGUGUUCAGGUGACAAAUAUUCAUCAAGAAUUUCUUGAACUUUAUGGAUCAUUUGCUAACAAAACUUAUGAUGCCUUGGAUCCAACUUCUGAGGAAUUUGUUCAAGAUUACAGCCACUUCAAAGAGAAAAUUCAUGAUUUAGAUCAGAGGCUUGGUGCAGUAGUUUGUCUCAGUUUUGAAGACUGUACCAGCAUUGAAGCAAUUUUCAAACUUUUGCAGAUGUUUGGAUCAUUGUUAGAGAGGCCGGUGGUAAAAAAAGAUUUUACACCGUAUCAUUCACGAAUUGUUCAGUUAUUGGAAGCAGAAAUUGACAUGGCCAAGAAGAUAUAUGAUCAACAGUUAGAGAUAAUGUCAUUAAAUGGCAAAGCUAAUGUACACAAGAACAUGCCACCAAUUGCUGGUACUGUAAGAUGGAUUCGUGAACUCAGAUAUCGUAUUUCAAGUCUGAUUACUGGGUUCAAGCAGUUUGAAAACAUUAUAAAGCAAGAUGAAUGGACCGAAUACCUCCUUAAGAAGUUUAAUGAGAUGUCAAACUUAUUGAUCAA